CAAAAAAAACCGGAUAACACAAGACGCAUUUCCUCACCCUCAUCUCUUCUCUUCUCUCACUACACACUCACAUGAGAAGAAGAAGGUGAGCAAAACACACACCUAUACAUACACACCUAUACAUAUAACUACUUUAAAUCCAUAAAAAAAUAUAUAUAUAAAUAAUUUCAAAAAAAUGGCGAAAUCUCUGAUUUCAUCACGGUCAUCGUUCAUCGGAACGACACCGUUUCCAUCACUAUCAAGUUUUUCACCAAGAGUUAAUAGUAAUAAGGUUAUAUCUACUAGAGUUAAGUUCAGUUUUAACGGAUUACCUCCGAUAUCGUCGUACGACGUGGUUUCGGUUGAUUUCGCUGCAAUUGCUAGCCGUGCGGAGAGGCUUAUGUAUACUUUAGCUGAUGCGGCGGUUGUUGCUGCUGAUUCCGGUGACUCGGCGGUUUCCACGACGGUUCAGAAGUCCGGCGGUUGGUUUGGAUUUAUCUCUGAUGCUAUGGAAGUUGUUCUCAAGGUGCUUAAGGAUGGACUGACGGCCGUUCAUGUGCCAUAUGCAUACGGAUUUGCAAUUAUAUUGCUUACUGUUCUUGUUAAAGUUGCAACCUUGCCGUUGACAAAGCAACAGGUUGAGUCUACUUUGGCGAUGCAAAACCUGCAACCGAAGCUUAAAGCAAUUCAACAAAGAUAUGCCGGAAAUCAGGAAAGAAUACAACUUGAGACAUCGCGUUUAUAUAAACAGGCAGGGGUCAAUCCAUUGGCAGGAUGUUUACCCACUUUGGCCACAAUACCAGUAUGGAUAGGCUUGUAUCAAGCCCUUUCAAAUGUUGCAAAUGAGGGACUGUUUACUGAGGGUUUUUUCUGGAUUCCCUCAUUGGGAGGCCCAACAACAAUUGCUGCUCGGCAAAGUGGAUCAGGAGUUUCUUGGCUCUUCCCAUUUGUGGACGGCCAUCCUCCUCUAGGUUGGCAUGACACAGCGGCUUACCUUGUUUUACCCGUGCUUCUUGUUCUUUCUCAAUAUGUAUCAAUGGAGAUCAUGAAGCCACCCCAAACUGAUGAUCCAGCUCAGAAAAACACUCUUCUUGUCUUCAAGUUUCUUCCACUCAUGAUUGGCUACUUUUCGUUGUCCGUCCCAUCGGGUUUAUCAAUUUACUGGUUCACAAACAAUGUGCUCAGCACUGCCCAGCAAGUAUGGUUAAGGAAGUUGGGAGGUGCAAAGCCUGCCGUAGAUGAGAAUGCAGGUGGAAUAAUAAGUGCAGGCCGUGCAAAACGAUCUUCUUCUCAACCAUCAGAGUCUGGUUCUAGAUUUAAGCAGCUAAAAGAAGAAGAGAAGAGCAGAUCAAGUAAGGCACUGCCAGACCAAAAUCUUCAGGUUUUGGCAUCUACAUCAGAUUCUGAAGAAGAGACAGAUGAAGAAACAAAGUCCUCGGAUGUACUGGAAGAGGCGUAUGCUUCUACCCCCACGAAACCAGUCCCAGUUCCAGGGAGGAGUAAGAGAUCAAAGCGAAAGCGUUCGGUAUGAUAGAAAAUAAGUGUGUAGCUGUAUUUUUGAACACUAUAUCUUGUAAAAUUCAUAUUGUAGUUAAUAUAGGCUUGCCAUUUUCAGCUGGCUGAUUUACCU